AUGCGUAAACAAGUGUCUCGUUCCGGGAAUGAGACGGCGAACAAAGACAUCGUGUAUGUGCAGGGCAUAAACACCGCGAAGAAGAACGACAACAAUGUGGCUGUGGCGAGCACAGACACCGCGAAAGACAACGACACAUCUGGGCGGGGCACAGACAGCGCGCAGGUCAGACCUGCAGCGGAGGAAGUCGUGUUGAAUAGGUUAUUCAACACGCAAGCACUGGACUUUGUCCAGCGCCGACAAGCCGUCAUACGGUUUGUCCAGGACGCUAUUGCAGCUUCUGCGAAUAAACAGAAGCUGAAUGCAGACAAUGUCGGCACAAACAACACAAAUGAAUUCAAAAAGGAUUCGUUAGUUCUAUUAGCGGCACAGGCCCUGCCUAGACAUGCCGUUUUGGAUUUCGGAGCAAGUAAGCUUGCUCCGUGCUUCAUCGGUCCGUUCAUGGUGCUUGAACGGCAUGGCAACGCGUAUACUUGGAGCCUUGAGCAAAAGCGCUCGUCUUCUCGGUCUCAACUUCGACCACGUCAUGCCUCGCGGUUCUGCGGAGGGCGGUGCGAAAGCACCCGCCAAGCUGCUGUCCGAAAGGCACACGACAAGAGCUCUAAGCGUUAUAGCAAAGGCUCGGCACUCAAGGGGGCUACUAAGGUAGCCUCCGAGGCGGUUGAUGCAUCGGGUGACUCGGUUGCGAGCAAGCGGCAAAGCUCACACCGUAGUCGAUCGCCCUCAAUGUCCCCAGACGACCGUCCGAACCCACGGUUUGCGUGCCGUGCGUACAGUCAUGAUUCUGAGGACGAGGCCAAGGCCCGGAGCUUCCACAGUGUCCUGCACUCGCUCGCUAGUGAUCUCGUUGAUCACGAGUCAAAGACGCCUGAGUGCUCUGAGAGCCAUGCCGACGAGGCGAAGGGCUCACCCAAUGCUGGCGGCGACGAGGGGGCAAACCUCCCGAAGAACCUUUCGCUCGCCGAGGGCUUUGAUCGUACUCAGGCUGCUAAAGCCACAGAGGACAAGCACUCUAGGAAGCGCAUGGCUUCUAGGUCUCUACUCCGCGAGGGGAAGGAGACCCGUCCGUACUCCUCGAUAUUCGACUGA